GGCGCACAACGUCACUCACUCGUGUAUCUAUAGUUUCCUUCUGUUUUGAAACCCAAGCCUAGUGAAUUAGAUCUUGAAAAUAAUUGUUAAGGUGGUUUAAAAGUGCUCUGAUUGUUGAUUAAAAUACAGCUACGAUGGAAAAGAGAGUCGCCUUGGAAUUACGGGGAAGAAACCCUUCACAGGUCAAGGAAUUGAACCUCGAUAACUGCAGGAGCACCAAUGUUGUUGGUUUGACAGAUGAAUAUACAAACCUCGAAAUUUUAAGCCUUAACAAUGUUGGGCUUACAACACUCAAAGGAUUCCCCACACUUCCCAAACUGAGGAAAUUAGAACUCUCUGAUAACAGAAUAUCAAAUGGACUAAAUUUCCUCAGCGGCUGCAAAAAACUUACACAUCUGAACUUCUCGGGUAACAAAAUCAAGGAUUUGGAAACACUGAAACCAUUGGAGGAAUUCAAAAAUCUAAAGAACUUAGACCUCUUUAACAAUGAUGUUACUAAUAUUGAGGACUACAGGAACAAGGUCUUCGCCUUACAUCCAGCUCUAAAAUAUUUAGAUGGCCUGGACAAGGAAGACCGGGAGGCUGAAGACAGCGAUGCCGAGGAAGAGGAUGAAAUGAAUGGGAAUAAUGACAGUGAGGAGGAUGAUGUGGACAUAGAUUUGGGUCCGCUGGUGAUUGACGAUGAGCCCUCAGAUAGGCCGCCAGAGAGCAGAUCCUCUCUCCCUGUUGUAUUGUACACAAUUUACGGCCUACUAUUUCACAUGGGGUAUCUUACCAAAAGUUCCGAAGUGGAAGAAGAAGAGGAUGAUGACGAAGACGAUGGUGAGAUCUCACUAAGUGCAGUCUACAAUGAAAAUCUUGAGGAGGAGAGCUCGGACAGCUCCGUGUACGAGGGCUCGGAGGAUGAGGAGGACGAUGACGACGAUGACGAAGAGAUUGACGCGGAUCACAAGUCAAAGAUAGACGGGGAAGACGCAGACGGCGAGCCGGAGGAGAGCACUCGGGGUAAAAAGCGGAAACACGACGACGACGAAGAGAAUUGAGGGUUGCCUUAAGCGGAGUUAUCUUACUAGUUCGUAAGUGUACAGCCUCCGAUGCAUCGGACAAUAAACUUGAUCACAACAGAGGUACAGUCAUCCCCAUAGACUAGUUGGCAGUUGUGAGACUAUAUCGCAGGAGUUCCCAACCGGUAGCGUGCGACGUAGCGAGACUCUUAUAAAAAAUUGACAUGAAAAUAUUUUUGCAAAAAAAGUUGUGAACCCCUGUUCUAACGGCACCCUCUGGCUAGCUCAUCCGCUUCUUCUCUUAGUGUUAACUUACCCCUUACUUAUCGUUGUCGAUUAUCGUAACGAUUUGUCAUACACACGAUAGAUAAAACUGCGCAAAUCGGACUGCACAGAUUAAUCGCUACGAUUUAUAGUUACGUGUGUAGCCGGCAUUAAUCUUAACACAUUUACUGCCACCAACGCACGUAAUAAUAUGCGUUCACCGUAAUACAAGUUGAUUCCUAAUCCACCGCCCCCUGGCAGUGAAUGCGUUUAAGCGCCUCGGCGCCACCAGAAUGUUUUCUAUCAUUACGAUGUUGAUGUCUUUUCCGUGUAAUCUGUAGUUUGUUGUCCGACAAGUUAAUGUUUCAAUAAAAUUGUUUAUGUAGUAAUAUUUUUUUAUUCUAUUGACAUACUUAAUUUUAGUCUAAUCAUUGAAAUGAAAGUGCAAGAAACUAGCAUUAAAUUAAAUUAGCUCUCAAAAGUUUUGGUAUCAAUUAUAUUAAAAUUAGAUUUAAGGUAAAGGAACAAGACAGUAAAUUAUCAGUGCCCUUGGAAUCCAUUCUAGUGUUAAAUUUACAUUAGUAGAGCCUUGCGGCUUUUUUCCAUGUUUUUGUGACUAAGAAUAAUUUAGACCAAAGUUGCUGUUGGAAAUAAGCCGCAAGCAAGAUUUUGAGAGUUAUGGCAGCCAAUGAAUGAUGAAAUUAAUUAAUGAAAUAUAUACAGUAAAGACAAAAAUUAUAAUAUUUAAAACUUUUGCGUUUUGAACACAUAUAUUAACUCACAUUUAUAUCGGGUCUAUCGCGAAUUUUUUUAAUUAAAUUAUUACCUUUAUUUACCGACGGUCGUGGUCGCGGCUAAUGGUAACAUUCCAUUUCUGACCGCAGCUGCACUACUGGUACUAAACGCAUCGGUGUUAUUGUCAAUUUCCAUAGUAAAAUGAACGGCAAUGCAGCUGUCGUUGGAAAUGGACUGUCAAUUGAUGAUGAUAUCCCAGCAAAAUGUCAAAACAGGGAUUUGUGCUACUACUGAUUUGCCAGUUAGCCGCGACCACGACCAGUGAAACCUGUGAGCCUACCGCGAACCACGUUCGACGUGUUGCUUCCCUGUCACACUUACGUACGAAUUUACAAGUGCGACAGAGAGGCAACACGUCGAACGUGGUGCGCGGUAAGCCCUCUGUGUCGAAACGUCGGUAAAUAAUGGUAAUAAAAUAUAUUCGCGUUAGACCCGUCUAUAAAUGUGAGUUAAAGACAAAUUAGUUGCAAAUGACAACACUUAUGAUUAUCGCCUUGGCACACAUACAACAUGGACCACCCUUCACUGUAAACAUAACAUGAUUUUCUUUUCUAACUAAUCCAUGUUUAACAAAACGUCUCGUCAAUACCUACAUUUUGACGCUGAAGCGUUUUUCAGUAGUUUUAUAUUGUAAUAAUUUAAUAUUAAGUUUUGUUACUUUGUAUAUGUGGAUUUUUAAUGUUUAGCAAUCUCACUAAUGAUAACUGAAACGUUUAUCAGUAUCACUAAAUUCCAUUGGGCGUAGUAAAUUAAUUCAAUCAAGUCUUUGACAUCCUAAUGAGUUCAGAGAGUAUUUUUCUACAAUCAUUUUAAUCUUAAUGAAAGAGCAAUUAAUGCACUUUAGAAUAUCAAUGAUAAUAUGAGAUGUUUGGUUGAUGCAACGUAGUAAACGUGCCAGAUAUGAUGAAGAGAAUUUUAGUUAAUAAUUUUAUUGUAUUAUGUAAGUCAUUAAGUUUAAGUAAUUUACAACUUGGCCUGUUGAUAUAUAUUGUAUAAUCCUAUUAAGAUUUUUAUUUCUGGGAUUGUAAAAUAAAAACUUAAACUUUAA